GUGCCAGUUCGAAAAAGUGUCAAAAAUGCCAUGUUGUGUUUAUUUAUAGCUAAAUGUAAUCAAACUAACCUCAUAAACAUAUUGGGAACCAAUAAUUUUUCUAAAGUCAAUAACCCUACCCACAACAAGCUCGGAAAAGUAGUCUUGUUUUACCCUGAACCAAAUACUACAUCUUCAUUCAAGGGCUUUCACAAAAAAUUAUCUCCACCGGUGGUGAUACAUGCCAAUACUGAGGCUGUUCUUGAAAACUACACAACAUUCCUGAAUUCUUCUUUAACUUCGUCAACAAAAAAAGUGCAGAAGCAUACUGCAGGUGCCGUAUCAUUUUAUAUUUCACAUAAAUAUAAUCCUGAUCCAAGCAAAUUGUGGACAUAUGAAGGUGCUGACUGUAAUAAAGAGCUCUAUAUAGCGGUAACGCAGAAAUUUAAAAUACAGGCCUGAAAUAGUAUUCGAUUCGAAUUUUAAAUUCAAGUUUAGAAAAAGUAUCGAUAGAAAUUCUAAGUACUUAAUUUUAGGAAGAAAAAUUUAAGGAAAUGCCUAGUGAGGGUCUUUCUUUUACGAAUAUUUUGAAAGUUUCGAAAAAUUUAAGGAUACCCAGCUUCCUGACAUUGAUAGUUUUUUUUAGUGUAGUAUAAAUAAUUACAAUUAUUCCCAAAAAGUUUGAAAAAUUUUCAAUUUUGAUACCAUAAGAUAAUGUAUUACAUUUUAUAUAGAAAGUGUUAUAUUGAUUUUGAGCGAUGUUUUCGAAAAUGUUGGAAACAUUUUUCAGAAAAUUAAUAAGUUAGUUCUAACUGUGUUUCAGCACCAUAUCUAGGAUACAUGUACAAUAUAAAAAUAAUCGGUUCGAGGUGGGUUUACUUAAUAUACGCAAGCAAUUUAAUUAAGCCAACUAUUUUUCUGAGCUGUAUUGAUGCAAAUAAUUUUUAUGGUUAUAUGGGUACGAGCCAAACUUCCAAACUGCUUUCAGGACGAAUGUAAAAAAAAUGAAAGGAGUUAAGAAAUCAGUUAUAAAAAAACGAAACCAUAAAGAUAAUAUAGCAUGUAUAAAAUAUAAAUACAAUUUUAUGGAGCCCAGCGAAUUAGUAGGUCCCACAUCUUCUAUACUGAAAUUAUGAAUAAAAUAUCUUAAUUAUAAGGAUCAUGAUCACUAUAUUAUUGGCCAUAUAUUAAGUAGUAAUACAAUAUAAUAGUAGCAAAAUUUUCUAAAUAAAUAGAUACAAAAUUAAAUUUAUUAUUGUUCCGUUUUAUUACUUUAGCAGGUCAUUUACAGAUAUCCAUGAGUUGUGGCUGGAAUCGAAACUGCUCCAUUCUACAAGCAUUUGAUUAU